AUGGAUAGUUUAGAAAAUGAAAGUAAUCGUCAAUCGGAUGAACUCGCGUCAAAAGUGGCUCGUUUGAAACAUGUCGCGUACGAUAUCGAAAAUGAAACAAAAGAACACAACAAGUUUCUUGAUUCUAUGCGUUUUGAUUUUGAUACGGCUCGAGGAUUUCUUGGUGGAAGUUCGCGACAUUUAAACACUGUGAUGACAUCGGGUCGUGGUGAUCGACGUACUAUGUGCUACAUUAUUGGUGCAAUUAUCUUAGCAUUUAUUUUUCUCUAUUAUGUUUUGAGCUCAUUUCGAAGUAGGUGA